GUGGCCGCCAGGGGCCAUAGCGUGGGCGACACACUCCUCCAUUACUUAAUUUGCGCAGCCUUUCGCAAGUAUAUUGACCUCUUACCCAAAAUUUAUCGAUUUUCUUUAAACCCUAAUGGUUACCUUACAUUUGAUUAAGCCAAUAUGCCUCACAAAAACAUGUUGGAUUCAUUGUUUCAACAACAUUUACAUAGCUUACAAGUCAUGGUGUACCAGCGGGGGCGCUCUGGCAACUUCACCAGUGAGGGAGAUAAAAAGCAAACCCAGCGGCUUCGUUGUCCCAUUCUUCGUCGUGUUUCCUCUGUGUCUGCCUUCAGCAGCAGCAUGAGUUUGGUCCCUGGCUUGUCGGUGGUGAUGGCAAUAGUGGCAGUACUCAGCACCCUGGUUGCAGCUGACACUGACCUUUACAACACCCCUCUUGUCCGUCAACGGGACCAACUGGCGAUCCCUGUGUCUAGCCUAGUGGGGACGCUGCCGGGGAAACAUACCUUCCCUGCAGUGGACCAGCUGCUGAUUCCUUUGACUAGCCUGGUGGGGGUGCCGCCAGGGAAGCAUACCCUUCCUGCAGUGGACCAGCUGGCGAUCCCUGAGUCUAGCCUAGUGGGGACGCCGCCAGGAAAACACACCUUUCUUACAGGAGCUCUUUUCCCCACCUCUCAACCUUACGAGAAGAGAUCCGCUCGCAGGUUCCGCACCACCUCCAGGAAGGAGGCGUAUCAGGUGUGUACUCCCAGUCGUCAUGAGGUGAUCCGCCUGCUGGUGGCGCUGCAUGAGGCCCGUCAGGGACGCAACAUGAACAAGAUUAUCCAUCUCUGCAACAGACAAACUAAUGCAGCUGACGUUGACACCAACAUAAGAUUCCUUGGGUAACUGACGUCUCCAGGACGUCCGGGUACUGAAGAAUAUGUCAAGAACCGUAUCCUGAUGUGAAGGUGCUAUAUAUCUGCAGACAAAUACUUUAUUUUUUCCAAUGCUGGGAAUGAUUUAUAAAUAUAGUAAAUGAAAAAAAAAUUAAAUCUAUUACUGAUGGAGUCGUGUUUAAAUUUCUGAGAAACUUGUAAUUUAGUAAUGGUGGAAAAUUUCCCUUGGUCAAUAUUUUAGUUGAAUGUAUCCAGAUAAUGUGAUGCCGCCAGUAAUAUGUAAAUGUUAACAUUAUAAUCCGGCUGUUUCAGAAAUACCAC